AUGAGUGCAUUAAGGCUUGACAGUUUUGAGUUUGAGGAAGAUGAGGAGCAAAGGAAGGGAAGUUUUGACAGCUCUAAUUCUUUACAUACUGACUGGUCUCUUUCAUCUGAUGGUGUAUCUUUGUUACAUAAAAGUACAGGUGUUCAUAUCACUCAUGAAGGUACAAAAGGUCUUGAAUCAGACUACGGUCUUGGAGAUAUUUAUGUAUCGUUUGAGGAUUUUGAGGUCAAUCCAACUCCACUAGGUCAUGGAAGAAGCUCAAUAGUGUUCAGUGCAAUCCACAAAUUAUCAGGUAAAGCCGUGGCCAUUAAAGAUAUUUAUGUAGGAGAUAUUUUGCAUCAAACUCAACUCUCUGCAGAAAUACACUCAUGGAGACUAACCAGUUAUUGUCCUUUACUAGUACAAUUUCUUGGUGCUUUUAUUAAACCAAACAAAAAUGUGGUUUGUCUCGUGAUGGAGUACAUGGAAUUUGGUACUUUAAGUGACAUUCUUUAUAAGAAUCUGAAUAGAAAUAUUCAAAGUGAUGGAAUCCCAGAAGGAGUCAAGGAAAGCUUCCUGAAGUUUAUUUCAAUACAAAUAGUGGAUGGACUUGCAUAUCUUCAUCAGAAUAACAGAAUACAUAGAGAUGUCAAAUUAAAUAAUAUUCUAAUUAACCAAGAUGGAGCAGUAAAAAUAAGUGAUUUCGGUAUUUCAAAGCUUAUUGACCAAAAUUCCACUAAAGACCAAAAUAAAAACGUCUCCACUUUUGUCGGAACCCAAAUAUAUAUGAGUCCAGAAAGAUUACAAGGUAAAUCGUACUCUUUCUCUAGUGAUAUUUGGAGCCUCGGAAUUUGUAUUUAUGAAUUAGCUGUGGGAACUCAUCCAUUCAAAAAUCUUAGUCUUUUUGAUAUGGUUUAUAUUUUAUGUGAAGAUAAUUCAGAAAAUGGUGAGCCAUUGCCAUUUCUAGAAAAAAUAAUAAAAAGAUGUCCUUUACCUGAACACUUAUACAAAAAUAACGACUUUUAUGCUUUUCUCCAAGGAUGCUUAGAACUAGAUCCUUUAAAACGUCUCACUGCAUUCCAACUCCAAGAUUUCAAAUGGUUAAAUUCUGGUACUUGUAAUCGCUACGAAUUCUUAACCUGGUUACAACAAAUUCGGAAACCAGAUAGCAAUUAA